AUGGAAAAGGUUUUCAGCAAGACGUUUACGUCUCUAAAAAGCAACAUUUUACAUUUAGUAUUCAGAAAUGAGCAUUUAAAAUCAAAAUGCCGUAACCUAGAUUCCCUUCAACCACCUCAAGCAUGCUUAAUGAAAUUUCCUUUCCAUCACAACAUCGAGUAUCGUUCUGUAAAUGAUGAUGAAACCUUUGUUAUGUCUUAG